AUGCUGCGCAACGCCGCCAACGCCGCAAAAGGCGCCGCCAAGAAGGCCGUGACGGAGCUUUCACAGUAUCCCAAGCCCGGCGAGAAGCUCCAUGGCUUCACCCUCCUGCGGACGAAGCACGUGCCCGAGCUCGAGUUGACUGCCCUGCAUCUCCAGCACGACAAGACGGGCGCCGACUACCUACACAUCGCCAGAGAAGACAGCAACAAUGUCUUCUCGGUCGGCUUCAAGACGAACCCGCCCGACGACACCGGAGUCCCGCACAUCCUCGAGCACACCACCCUCUGCGGCAGCGAGAGGUUCCCCAUUCGCGACCCCUUCUUCAAGAUGCUGCCCAGGACGCUCUCCAACUUCAUGAACGCCUUCACGGCCUCGGACCACACAUUCUACCCCUUUGCCACCACGAACCCCCAGGACUUCCAGAACCUCAUGUCCGUCUACCUGGAUGCUACUCUGCACCCCUUGCUCAAACAGACCGACUUCACCCAGGAGGGAUGGCGCAUAGGGCCCGAGAACCCUCGCGCCGCCGAGCAGGGUGGUCAGGCCAAGCCCGAGGACAGCAAGCUGGUCUUCAAGGGCGUUGUCUACAACGAGAUGAAGGGGCAGAUGUCGGACGCUGGCUACCUGUUCUACAUCCGCUUCCAGGACCACAUCUGCCCGGACAUCAACAACUCCGGGGGCGACCCCCAGAAGAUCACCGACCUGACCUACGAGCAGCUCAAGAAGUUCCACGCCGACCACUACCAUCCCAGCAACUCCAAAAUCCUCACAUAUGGCGACAUGCCUCUGGCUGACCAUUUGAGGGAGGUUGAUGCUCAGCUGGCCCUGUUUGACAAGAUUGAAGCCCGCAUGGAGAACAAAACGCCCAUCGACCUGAGCCAGGGGCCCCAGACCAUGACCCUAUCUGGACCCGUCGACCCGCUGGCAGACCCGGACAAGCAACACAAGACAUCCGUAUCUUGGGUCACUGGAAACACCAGCGACGUUGUCGAGUCGUUCGGCGUGUCGAUACUCUCAAACCUCCUCAUGGACGGCUAUGGAUCCCCUCUUUAUCGGGGCCUGAUUGAGUCGGGUCUCGGUACGGACUACAGCCCGAACACUGGGUACGAUAGCCACGGAGCGACUGGCAUCUUCUCGGUUGGCCUGACCGGAGUCCAGGAGGGCCAUGUCGAGAAGGUCAAGGCGGAGAUUCAGAAAAUCCUGCACGAGGUGCGCCAAAAGGGCUUUGACAGAUCCAAGAUUGACGGCUACCUACACCAACUGGAGCUUUCGCUCAAGCACAAGACCGCAAACUUUGGCGUCGGCAUCCUGCAACGGCUGAAGCCGAAGUGGUUCACGGGAACUGACCCCUUCGACUCCCUCGCGUGGAACGAUGUCAUCGAUGCCUUUGAAGCAAACAUGGCGAGAGGUGGUUAUCUCGAAGGCUUGAUGGACAAGUACCUUCUGAACGACAACACGCUCACAUUUACCAUGGCGCCCUCUGCGAGCUAUGGUGAGGAUGUCGCUGCGGAGGAAAGCAAACGGUUGGCCACCAAGAUCCAGCAAGCCACACAGGAGGCAGGAGGCGACGCCGAGGCACGCAAGUUCUUCGAGGAGCGUGAAUUACACCUACUGGCUGAACAAGGCAAGACCAACACUGAGGACCUCAGCUGCCUCCCGACCGUCCAUGUCAGAGACAUUGAAAGGGUGAAGGAGCCGGUCCAACUGCGGGACGAGGUUGCUCACGGCACCAAGAUACAAUGGCACGAAGCCCCCACAAAUGGCCUGACCUACUUCCGUGCCAUCAACACUCUGGAAAAUCUGCCAGAUGAGCUUCGAACCCUGAUCCCCCUCUUUACCGAUUCCAUCAUGAGGCUGGGAACCAAGGACUUGACCAUGGAGCAGCUCGAGGACUUGAUCAAACUCAAGACUGGUGGUAUCUCGGUUGGAUAUCACAGCACUUCGUCCCCAUUGGACUUCCACCAAGCCUCAGAAGGUAUUCAUCUGAGUGGUAUGGCGCUUGACAGAAACGUUCCGCAGAUGUUUGAGCUCCUGCAGAAGCUGAUUUUAGAAACCAACUUCGACAGCCCCGAGGCCGCCAAACAGAUCCGGCAACUGCUGGAGGCUGCGUCUGAUGGUGUGGUGAACGACAUUGCCUCCUCUGGUCACUCUUACGCCCGCAAGGCUGCUGAAGCUGGUCUCACCAGGGAUGCAUGGUUUGGCGAGCAAGUUUCGGGACUGACCCAGGUCAAGUUCAUAACCUCGCUAGCCGGUCGCCCAGAGACAGACCAAUACGAAGACGUGAUUGGGAAGCUCAAGCAAAUCCAGCAAUUUGCUAUUGCAGGCUCAAAUAUCCGCACUGCAUUGACUUGCGGUGCCGACAGUGUAUCCGCAAACUCUCAAGCACUUGGACAGUUCAUGAACGCGCGUCCAACGGGGUCUAUCAAAUUCCCCAACUCGCCAGCUCAGACAUUCUCGCGCGACGUCAAGGCCUUCUAUCCUCUACCAUAUCAAGUCUAUUACGGUGGCUUGGCUCUCCCCACCGUGUCAUAUACACAUGCGGACAGCGCGCCUCUUCAAGUCCUCUCCCAGUUAUUGACCCAUAAACACUUGCACCACGAAAUCCGCGAGAAGGGAGGCGCAUACGGCGGUGGGGCUUACAUGAAAGGUCUGGAUGGCCUGUUUGGUUACUACUCAUACCGUGACCCUAAUCCCCAGAACACUCUCUCAAUUAUGACCGGCGCAGGUCGGUGGGCGGUUGAUAAGAAUUUAACCAACUCAGAUCUUGAGGAGGCCAAGAUCACCGUCUUCAAGGGCAUUGAUGCUCCAAAGUCGGUCAACACCGAGGGUAUGGCCCGCUUCACCUCUGGAGUCACCGAGCAGAUGAGACAGAAACGCCGGGAGCAGCUUUUGGACGUCACUCACGACCAGGUCCGGGAAGUUGCGCAGAAAUACAUCGUCGAUGCUUUGGCGAAGCAGCAGGAGAGAGUCGCCUUCCUAGGAGAGAAGAAGGACUGGGUCGACAGUACCUGGAACGUUCGGGAGAUGAACGUCAAUGGUGCAGCUAUCGAGGACCUCGACUAA